GGCGGCGGGGCGGCCCGGGGAGCGCUGGCGCUGGCGCUGCUCCGCCGCUGCCUUCUGCUGGGCCCGCUGGGGCUGCGCCCGGCCGGCGGACAGGACGGGGACGGCUGCGGCCACACGCUGCUGACACCCCACAGCGGCACCCUCAGCUCCAAGAACUACCCGGGCACAUACCCCAACCACACGGCCUGCCGCUGGCAGCUGCGUGCCCCCCCGGGCACCUCCCUCCUCCUGGCCUUUGGGGACGUGGACCUGGAACCCUCCGAGCACUGCGCCCGCAGCUCCCUGCUGCUCGCCGACCCCCAGGCUGGCACCGCCUACGGGCCAUACUGCAGGAACGCUGGCCCCGCCGCCCCGCUCCUGGUGACAAACUCCAGCACCGUGACCGUCCUGUUCAACAGCACCAGCCACCGCUCGGGACGAGGCCUCCUCCUGUCCUACGCCACCUCGCAGCACCCAGACCUGGUCUCCUGCCUGGUUCGAGGCACCCACUACACCCAGGAGCAUGUCAGUGUGUACUGCCCCGCGGGCUGCAAGGACAUCGAUGGGGACAUCUGGGGCAACCCGAGCCAGGGCUACCGGGAUACCUCGGUGCUGUGCAAGGCGGCCGUGCAUGCCGGGGUGAUCGCAGACGAGCUGGGCGGGCAGGUCACCCUGUCCCGGGAGAAGGGGAUCACGCUCUACGAGUCAGCCUUCGCCAAUGGGCUCCACUCCAAAAGGGGAUCCCUCUCUGAGAAGCGGCUCAUAUUCCACAAAGCCUGUGGUGACGCGCUGGAGGUGGCCGCCUUCAACGCCUCAUCCUCGUGGCACGAGGUGGACGCGCUGGGCCAGGACCGAGUCUGGGUGGCCGAACGGGCAGCGCUUGGCACCACCGGUCACUCCUGGGCGGCCGAACCCGUCUCUGAGGCUGCCUGGCUGGAGCUGGACCUGGGCGCCCGCAGGAACGUCACAGGCAUCAUCACGAAGGGCUCCUCCGAGCAGUACGACUACUACGUGACAUCCUACCGGGUCUCCUCCAGCCGUGAUGGGAAGAACUGGAGACCCUACAGAGGCAGCGGUGGCCAGGAGGACAAGGUCUUUGAAGGAAACUCUGACAGCCACGGGGAGGUCUCCAAUGCCUUCAUCCCCCCCAUUGUUGCCCGCUACAUCCGCAUCACACCCCAGAGCUGGCACCAGCACGUGGCCUUGAAGGUGGCCCUGGUGGGCUGCCAGAUGGCGCGAGUCCGUGCACCCCGGCCCUAUGUGCCCAGUGUCCCCAAGGAGGUCCCUGUGCCCACUAGCCACCCGGCCAGCCGCACACCCAUCCCCGGCGUUGCCCUGGACCCGGAGAAGGCAGGCUCAACGCUGCUGGUGAUGCUGCUCAUUGGUGGCUUCGUGCUCCUCUGCUCCAGCCUCCUUCUGCUGGCUUUCCUCUGCCGCAGGAAAAGAAAGCCGGCGGCGGAGCUGAACUGUGGGAUCACAAAAGGGUACCCCAAACUGGAGUCGAGCCAGGUGUGCUCCCUGCAGAGCCUGCCACCCCCCGGCUCCACGCUGGCCUCCUUCCCCACGGCGGCUGCACCGGGGGACCUCAGCCUGACCCAUUCGCCAGAGUACGCCGAGCCAGACCUGGUACAGGUGAGCCCCAGCAGCCAGACGGGUCCCUCCACCUUCAAGCCUCUCCCGGACGAGGGCUACACGCUGCCGCUGGUCGUAAGCCACUACGACGUGCCGGGAAAAUACCACGAGUACGCGGAGCCGCUACCGCCCGAGCCCGAGUACGCCACGCCGUUCAGCGAGCCUGAGCCCACUGGCACCCGCCGGAGCCCCUGCGGCAUCACGGGGCACGCCGGUUCCCUCCCGUUGCGGUACGAUGCACCACGGCCUGGGGAACUGCCCACCGGAGAACUCCCUCCCUGGGGGUUCGGCGGGGCCUGCACGACCCCCCGGGCGGAGCAGACUGCCAGCCCCGCUGGGGACGUCCCCUCUCCGGAGGGCUCCCGCUUCCAGCUGGGGGACUGUCCCCUCUCACACGUGUACCACGAAGCCUUGUGA